AUGGAGGAGUGGCUGGACAGGUCCUGGGCAAGGGCAUCCUACAGGACGUCGCAGGUGCUCACCGGGCAUGGAUGCUUUGGUGGGUACCUGCGACGCAUAGGCAAGGAGGUGACGCCAGGUUGCCAUCACUGUGACGAGGAGGUCGACGAUGCGCAGCACACGCUGGAGACAUGCCCAGCGUGGGCUGUGCAGCGAAGUCGACUGAGAGAGGUCGUAGGCGACGACCUCUCCAUAGAGGCAGUCGUGGAGGCGAGCGUCCAAAGCGAGGACGCUUGGAAUGCCUUUGCGACGUACUGUGAGGGGGUUAUGCUCCUGAAGGAGGAAGCGGAGCGCAUUCGGAGGGGGGAGGCGGACCCCCAGAAUGACCAGGGCGGGGCUGGAGCACGAAGGAGAGGAAGAGGAAUGCCAGCCCACUUAAGGAGGUGGUAG